AUGUCGAUUGAAGAGUUAAAAAAAAUUGCGAUACAAGCCAUCGACGACAAAGAUCGUCAAUUAUUCGAUGUAAACCAACAAAUUCAUAAAAAUCCCGAACUAUGCUUCGAAGAAUUCAAAGCACAUGAUGUAUUAACAAAUUUCUUAGAAAAAGAAGGUUUCCAAGUUGAUCGAGGCUAUUUUAUGCCAACAGCAUUUCGCGCUGUAUUUUCACGUGGUAAAAAAGGACCCAAGAUGUGCGUUCUUUGUGAGUAUGAUGCUUUGCCUGAGAUUGGGCAUGCUUGCGGUCAUAAUUUGAUUGCUGAAGCAGGAAUUGCAGCUGCCAUCGGUAUUAAAGCUGCCAUGGAAUCAAGCCAAAACGAUCUAGGACACAUUGUAGUUUAUGGCACACCGGCAGAAGAAGGUGGUGGAGGCAAGAUUAAAAUGAUAAAAGAAGGUUGCUUUGAUGAUAUUGAUGUUGCUAUGAUGGUGCAUCCAUGUCCCUUUGAUGCAGGAUUUGUUUCUAUACUAUCACUGAUGGAAAUGACAGUAACAUACGAAGGGAAAAAUGCUCAUGCAUCGGGCUACCCGUGGGAAGGUGUUAAUGCACUGGAUGCAGCCGUACAGGCUUACGUCAAUAUAUCGACAUUGCGUCAACAAUUUAAGCCAUCAUGGCGUGUUCAUGGGGUUAUCAGUAACGGAGGCGUUAAAUCUAACAUAAUUCCUUCUAAAUCACAGCUAAUAUACUAUAUUAGAGCUCCUAGCGCUACUGAAUUGAAACUAUUGAAGGGAAAAUGUGAGAACUGCUUCCAUAGUGCCGCACAAGCAACAGGAUGCAAAGUGAAAAUUGAGUACGACGUAGAAAAUAUUGAAGACUGUUAUGCUGCAUUGAAGAAUAAUGUUCAUCUUGUCCACUUGUACAAAAAGAAUGCUACCAGUUUAGGGAUUAAAUUUUUGCCGCUAGAUGAGGAAGCCAAUCUGCCAUCAGGUUCAACUGAUAUGGGAAAUGUCUCAUGGGAGGUUCCGUCCAUUCAUCCUUUAUACAAAAUUGAUACCGAAGCUGCUAACCAUACUCCUGAAUUCACAAAUGCUACAUGCACCGAACAAGCGCAUCAGCAGACUCUAAUUGCAGCUAAAUCAAUGGCAAUGACAACUCUUGAUGCUUUAACGAAUGCUGAUAUUUUAAGACAAAUUAAAGAAGAAUUUAGUAAAAGCGUUAAUCAUUAA